AUGACGACAAUAAUGCAAAAGGUGUUGUGGAUAUUUAUCUUCGACGUACCAUUGAUUGUUCAUUUGGAAUUGGCUUAACAGGUGGUACGGAUCAGUUGCAUCCGCCAUCAAUCACAUUUCUUAGACCAGGAAGUGUUGCACAUGUCAGCGAUCAACUACGAGUGGGAGAACAGCUCAAGCUGGUGAACGGGAUUGCUCUAAAUGAUCUUACACAUGAGCAAGUUAUGACGUUAUUACGAAAUUCCGGAAAUUGCGUGUAUUUACAAGUUGAAUACAAUCUUAAUGAUAAUGAUUUCAAGCAGCCCUCAAAUACUCGAUUAGCAUCUGCAGAUAUUCGAUUGAUGAAAGAGAAUAAUCGAGUUGGAGUUACAUUACGUGGUGGCGCAUAUGGACCUGAUCGAAAAAAAUCGAGACCUCUUACAAUUAUGAAUAUUCGGACCGGUAGUCCGGCUCAUCGAGAAAAACGUUUACGAAUUGGUGAUCGUGUGCUUGGUAUUAAUGGAGCUGAUGUAUUUAAUGCUACCUUAGCUGCUGCACAAAAAUUACUUUUUGAAGCUGUUAAUACUGUUGUUCUAACGGUUGAAUAUUAUAUCAAUAUAAUUGAUAUGACAUAUCGGAACAGUGAUCAUGUUUGUGUAAAAAUUGAAAAAGAUUUCAGUUUAGAUAUUGGAAUUGAACUUAUUUGUGAAAUUGAUCAUACAAAUAAGACGACAUAUGCAUUUUUCAUCGAUCAUUUAGUGCCAGCAUCAGCUGCUGAUAGAUGUGGUGCAUUAUUUCCCGGUGAUCAAAUCAUAGCAAUAAAUGGAUGCAAACUUGACUUUAUUCCAUUUUCAGAUGUUAAUCGGCUACUUCAAACACCUUUACCAACUGUUAUAUUGCCGAUGCAACGCUAUAUGUUAUCAAAUAAUCAGUUAAUUGAGGAUGAUGUUGAUGAUAAGUUUGAUUGA